UGAAAUUCAAAUCCCGGCAGCGGUUGGGGCGGAGGUUUGGCCGCUCGGGGCGGCCCUGGCGAGCGGAUCCUGCGGGCACCGGCACAGCCAUGGACCCCUUCACCGAGAAACUCCUUGAAAGAACCCGUGCCAGGCGAGAGAACCUGCAGAGGAAAAUGGCAGAGCGGCCGAAGAUGGGGGCGAGACCCACGAUGCAGACCAAGAGGACCAGGGAGCCUUUGGCAGAAACUGGUAACCAGGCAUCUCUUCCUGGUGAUGAAGCAAAACCAGAUACAAAGCCAUCGCCAUCAAAAAGGCUCUGCCCUAAUGAUAUAGAGGCUCAAGCUUCUAGUUCAGAGAAUGUACAGCCGGUUCCUUCAAGUUCCAAAAGCCAUGACUCUGCUCAGAUGACUUCAGAAUCACACGAAACUGCUUCUAACAGAGCUUCAUUGGUUCAGCCUCUUGAGAAAGUAAAACAAAACACCAAGUCAGAAACUCCUGCGGCCCUUUCAGUCAAAACACGUAUGCAGAAGUUGGCAGAACAGCGGCGCUGCUGGGAUAGUGAGGAUCCUUCUGAAUGUGUUCCUCUGUCUCCUCUACAGUCAAAAGAUCUGUCUGUUUCUCCACCUAAGCAGACAUCCAAUGCCCUGGCAAGCGAAACCCCUAUUGGGAGAAGAGGCCGUUUAGCUAACCUUGCUGCUACAAUUGGUUCCUGGGAAGAUGACCUAAGUCAUCCAUCUGCAAAGCAAAACAAUGCACAAGAACAGCCUGGCACUACUUGUUUAUCCAAAUUGUCCACUACAAGUGGAGCAUCUGCUAGAAUCAAUAGUAGCAGUGUAAAGCAGGAAGCUGCAUCCUGUUCUCAAAGGCUUGUUGAGGCUUCUAUUAAUAAACCAGCAAAUUCAAAGAGAGCGGACCCAAACAAAUUUUUAACGCAGUCUUCAGGAGUCACUGCUCCCUCUUCUAAAGAAUCUGAAGUACAACAACGGCCAGCAGAGAAUCCCUGCAGUCCUCGGAAAACUGAAGAGUCCACACAAACAGCAAAGUCAGCUUUGCCUCAACCAGUUCAGUCCAAAGCAGAGCCAGUCAAAGGAACACAUGUGCAACUUGAACCCAAGGGUAAACCCACAACACCAGGGGGAUCUGGAAUUAAGCCCUUCCUGGAACGCUUUGGGGAGCGCUGUCAAGAGCGUAGUGCACGCAGCCCUGCUGCGAAUACUCCAGGGUGCAGAACACCCACUGUUACCCCAAAUACAAGGACAAUCCAGGAGAGGCUUCUCAAACAAAAUGAAAAUUCCUCUACUGCCAGUUUAGCACUUCAGCUUAAACAGGAACGUGAACGAGAACUUGCAUGCCUUCGUGGCCGAUUUGAUAGGGGCAAUCUGUGGAGUGCAGAGAAAAGUGACAGUUCAAAGAGGAAGCUUCCAGAAGCUAAAAUGGAAAGCCAAUCUCAAGCCAGUCCAAAACAUCCUCCUAGUUCAGAUGCCUCUGCUCUUGGAUCAUCGGAAGACACAUCAGCAGGUGACAGGCCAGCAAAGUCUCCCAGCGUGGAGUCUUCAGAUACUAAAUGUGAAGAGACUGAUAAACCCAGUCCUCUGAAGACUGCAGAGUCAAAGAGCCCUUUAAAAGUGAUGUCUGUCUCAAAACUUGAACAGCUUGAUGAAAAACUAAAAGAUGAAGUAUACGAAGGCAAAACGCAUGUGGAUGAUGAGAUGAAUGGCUCAAAAGUGAUAAAUGAGAUUUUUGAAAUUCUUCAAGAGGAUGGUCCAGACAUAGAAAAGCUGAAGAAAGAAAUGAGCAUGAGCCUGGAAGGUGAAAGUGAUGAGGAUGAGCAGGAAGAGUCACUGAACAUUUCAUCAAUGUCUCUGUUAACCCCUCUAGUGGAAUCUGUUGGUUCAGAGGCCUUUGGGUCUCCUUCUAAGUCAACCGGGGAAGGUAGCAGUAUCAGUGAUGUCAGUCUGAAGUCUGAGAAGUUCCAAAGGACCAGAGUUCCCAGGGCAGAAUCUGGAGACAGUAUUGGCUCUGUGUCGGAAGAUCGCAAUCUUCCUUACAGUGUCGAUGCGUACAGAUCCCAAAGAUUUAAGGAAACUGAUCGUCCUUCAAUAAAGCAAAUAAUUGUUCGCAAAGAAGAUGUGGCUUCCAGACUAGAAAUGAGAAGAAAUGGCCCAUCUGAUCAAGUCAAUAUCAAAAAGAAAAUGCAGGAACUGAACAAUGAGAUCAACAUGCAACAGACAGUGAUUUAUCAAGCCAGUCAAGCUCUGAACUGCUGUUUUGAUGAGGAGCAUGGGAAAGGGUCACAAGAAGAAGCAGAAGCAGAGAGACUUCUUCUCUUUGCAACUGAGAAGAGAACUGCUUUACUGGAAGAAUUGAAUAAACUGAAGAGUGAGGGACCAAAUAAUAAAAGAAAUAAAGCUGCUUCUACAUCCGCUGAAUUUGCACCCUCCAGGGGAUCUGUUUCCAUUUCAGAAAUGCGUCUACCUCUAAAAGCAGACUUUGUAUGUGGUACAGCUCAAAAGCCAGAAGCAGGAAAUUACUACUAUGUAAUAAUACUGAGAUCUGGAGCAGAAAACAUGGUUGCAACUCCACUAGCAAGUACUGCCAGUUCCCUAAAUGGAGAUGCUCUUACUUUUACUACGACGUUCACUAUGCACGAUGUGUCAAAUGACUUUGAAAUAAAUAUAGAAGUUUAUAGUUGGGUGCAGAGAAAAGAAGGUACAAGCACUGAAAAAAGGAAAAAGACAAAUAAAUCUAAGGUUAUUACUCCAAAGAGAUUAUUAACAUCUAUUACCUCGAAAAGCAACCUUCUUACUCCAGCCAUGGCCAGUCCAGGUGGCCCAAAUGCCAUACGCAGUACGAAUUUCAUCCUUGUUGGGUCCCACAAGUUAUCGCUGUCUUCUGUGGGAAAUACCAAAUUUGCACUGGACAAGAUAAAUUUUGAAGGGGAGGAAAAAGAACUGUUGGGCUAUUUGUUCCAGGACAAGGUUCCCUUUUUGUCUCCUUUGGAAGGUCACAUAUAUCUGAAGUUGAAAUGCCAAGUGGACUCUUUGGUGGAGGAGAAAGGGUUCUUGACUAUGUUUGAAGAUGUCAGUGGAUUUGGAGCGUGGCAUAGGCGCUGGUGUGUGCUGUCUGGAAAUUGUAUCUCCUAUUGGACAUACCCAGAUGAUGAGAAACGAAAGCAUCCUUUGGGCCGGAUAAACUUGGCUAACUGCACUAAUCAUCAGAUUGAACCUGCCAACAGGGAGUUCUGUGCCCGUCCCAACACUUUUGAACUAAUAACUGUCCGACCUCAGAGAGAAGAUGACCGAGAGACUCUUGUCAGCCAAUGCAGAGACACACUCUGUGUUACAAAGAACUGGCUGUCUGCUGAUACUAAAGAAGAGCGUAACCUUUGGAUGCAAAAGCUCAACCAAGUCCUCGUUGACCUUCGCAUGUGGCAGCCUGAUGCCUGCUACAAACCUGCUGGAAAGCUUUAAACCUGGGAAAGGAACUACACAAGAAAAGAAUUUAAAUGAAAUUGUGGAAAGUCCUCUGAGUCACUUAUGCUUUAAGUUUGAGAGAGUAUUUAACAUUAUACAGGACUAUGUUAUGCAGUAUUUUUAUUUCACUUAAAAAUUUUUAAAACCUUCUUACUUCCUAAUUUUGAAUCUAGUAGGAAGCAAUUAGCUGUUUCUCAAUGUGCUAAAUAUUUAUAUAACUCCUUUUUUUGGAAGUCUUCUAGCCAGGUGCAUUCUCUUUUUUUAAACAACUAAAUUAUUGCAGGAAAUCACACUUCAUGGCAGGAAGGGGGGCACUAGCUAGUGAAAGACAAGCUUAACUUGUCUGAUCCAGAUAACUCAGCUCCCUGAAAGAAACAAUAGUUCAAAAUACUCUUAACAAGAAUGCUGCUGAAUCACAAGAUUCAAUGUUGUAGCAUUUGUUGGGGUUCUUUUGUAAUGAUCAGGCAUAGAAGCAACUAGUCAAUUUUAUUCUACAACAUGCAGUAUAGAUAAUUCUGCUUGUCCAGUGUCCUUGUGGUCAGAACAAGACAUGUACAACAUAUUCAUACUACUUUUGCAAUUUCCUAUACAAACUAGUGUGGAUAAGUGCGUGGCAUGUACACUAUGUGAUUUGCAGGUGUGGAAUUAAGUAUGCAGUAUAUUGCACUUUGAUAGAAAUGGAAGGUCUUGAAUAUUUUUGUUAGGACUGUUAUAUAAAAAAAUCAGACAGAAAAAAUUAGGUUUAUGGCUGUAUAUGUCAGUAUUUCUUGGUUUUUACAAGCUAUAAUUCUCCAUGUGAGAACCAGGAAUAGGUUAAUAGGUAGUAAAAGUGUCCUUUUUUUGUUUUGUUUAAUAAUAAGACUUUACAAAGCUGCUGUAUACCAACUAAUACUCCUCUGGCUGAAAGAAUGGGUCUUCUUCCCCUUGACAGACAUGCCCACAAAUGCAUAUAAAAGCAGUACUUCAGACUCAUCAUGAAAAUGGCAACAUUCCUCAGUUAAAACUUGCAGUGUUCAUGGCUUUUCACUGAGCGUAUUGAAAUACCAGCUCAUCACUUCACUAGGAAUGCAGUAGUGGAAAACUUAAGAUUGCUAUUGCUGUUAUAUAUUCACACUUGAAACACUAAAUUCUAUUACCUUAUACUGUUUCAUCCUUCCCCUUUUGUACUUGCUUUUAAAUCUUUUAAAUGUUCUUUUCUGAUGUCUUUAAAUAUUUCCAAACUAUGUAUUGAGAUUUAUUUUAUUCAUUUAAAAUAAAAAGUAAAACCCUUCCUGUUUUUUUUCAUUAAGUCAUCUAUGCAAUUUGAAAUACUAAGUUGUAGGCUGAAGAAAAGCUGGACUCCACCCAGUGUUUAAGGAAGGAUUCUAUUCUGUACAUGUAUCCCAGAAUUCCACUUGAUGAUGUGAAGCCUUGGACACAGCUUGCUGAAUUUUGUAGUAGGAGGCCAGAUUGUCCGUGUGCAGCAGCUCAUCAAACAUGAAGAGGAGAGGCAGGUUUUUUUGUGACAGACAUGGCAGCAGAAUAGCACAACAUGGACAGUGCAAGAGGAAAUUUCAGCAGUGGAUGUGUGGUAGGCUGUCUUAAACUCCCCAAGUGAGUGUUAAAAACCAUUAAUUUUUGAAUUAUGAAAUAAGUCCACGGAAAGGUGUUAAGAACAGAACUGGAUGAUAUUCAAGGGACCACUUUUAUUUAGGCUAAUUGGACUAUUAUCCCUUGUAGAAACCAAUCUGUGUUUGUUCAUUGGCCAAGUAGAAGCUCUCUUCAUAAAGCAAAAGGUAAGAAGUGCAACGGGUGGCAUUAAGUUAGAAAAGCUGACCUGUGUGGUGACUUCUGGGUACAUGAGUGGUGAGCACAUGGGCUCCUGCAGCCAGCAGAAACAUGGGACACAAGCUCAGCAGGAAGCCUGUGCUUAUGGAUUUCCUGACUGGCACUGCUGGGUGCUGCCUCCCCCUCCCAUGUUCCUCUGCCCUUUUAGGGUUUUGUGGUGAAAGUUUGCAACAACGGUUACGUAGUUUUUCCAUGUAUGGAGCAGAUUC